AUGCCGGCGGCGUCUGUGGUCGCGUCGGCCGUGGAGAGGCUACAGACGGCGGCGCAGGACGCCGCCAUGUCCUCGUCGCGCUCGGCCGUCGCUUUUUCCGAGCAGGCGCAGCAAACCCUCGUGCCCAGGGCCGCCGGCGUGCUUCUUCCAAUCCCCAGUAAUAAUUACAGCUGUACUUCUGAUCUUAUUACUGUACUUAAUGGAAUCAGUUUACUUCCAGCCAGUUUGGCUUACGUUUACACAAGCAGUAUGAGGGCAACUGGUGGUUUUCCCCGGAACCUUCAUGUAACCAAAUUUCCAAAAGAGAAGCAUAAGAAAUCCCUUGUCUGA